AUGAAUGUUGCUAGGUGCCAAUCAGACUCAGAUGAAGGUACUACUACUGAAGACGCAAGCGACAUUGGCAUUGUUGGUGAUGAUGUCCAAUACUUUGAUGGGACUGGGACCUUUUCUUCUGCUUCGGGAAUUGAUACAAUUAGUGUAUUUCCAAAAAAUAUUGCAAAACUGGUAAAAGCUGGAGAAGAGACAGAACUGCUCGUUGGUGUAAAAAAUGAUGGGGAAUCCAGCUUGAACGUGGUUGCAAUCAAGGCUAGUAUUCACCUUCCUGUCGAUCAUCGGCUGCUUGUUCAAAAUCUUACCGCUCAAGUAUUAAUUGGUUACUAAACACCCUAGUUACACUUGGUUAUUUAUUAGUGUAAAAAAUGAUUAUUAGGCUCAUGUUAUUUUAAAUGAUUAUAUUUAUGCUUGUUACCUUGUAAUCAAUCUUGUUUAUUGUCAAAAUUGAUGAAAGCUAUUUAUACAAAAUGGGAAUUUCAAAUCCUGAAAG